AUUCGAGAACUAGUACGGUAUAUUAGCAUCAAAGCAAAGAAUGCAAGUAAGAGUACUUUUAGAAAUGUCCAUCUUACUUUUCUUGCUAUUUAUCCCAUCGCUUAGCUUAGGACAGAGACUAGAGGGCUGUGAGGAUUCUUGGUGCAAGAGUCAUGGUCCCAUCGUUCAUUUUCCGUUCAGACUCAGUCAUCAGCCAAAACAUUGUGGCUAUCCUGGCUUUGAACUACACUGUAACACUAAAGGUGACACCAUCCUUGAGCUUCCCUCCUCUGUUCACUUUGGUGUUGAAAAGAUUGAUUAUGUCUCACAGAAAAUUCACCUUUAUGAUCCUGACCAGUGCUUACCAGCCAAGCUACCAAAACUGAAUUUUUCACAAUUCAAUUUGAAAAAUGAAUACUUACCCAUGGUCCUAUUAAAUUGUUCCGCACCAUUACCAGAUACUAUUCAUGACUUCGUUCCUUGUCUUAGUUCUUCUGCUUACAAAGUUUAUGCUGUUUAUGAGUUUGAUCACCUCAACCUCUUCUUGUCUGAGCCUUGCACAAAAAUUCAUCACUACCCUUACGCAUGGUACACAUUUAGGGAGAACAAACUGCAGCUGAAUUGGUCUAUACCACUCUGUAGGAGCUGUGAGUUCAAAGGAAUGGAUUGUGGCUUCAAGGAUGAAAUAAAACAAUUGGAAACUCAAUUGUUUCAAUCGAACAGCUAUAACCCCAACAGAUAUGAAAUCUAAGAUGUCCUUGGUUGCAGGUUAGUAUGAUUAAGUUCUCACUCCAUCAGUUUCCUACUUGAUUUUCCUUUAUGCUUAUGACAUGUUAUUUAUUCAAUUCAAUUUUUGUAGGUGUAGUUU